AUGAGCAGAUUUAUCUAUCUAUCUAUCUAUCUAUCUAUCUAUCUAUCUAUCUAUCUAUCUAUCUAUCUAUAUAAUAUGCCUAAUGUUUCCAACCAAAAUGGAAAGGGUCUAGAACAGCAGUUUGCUGGGCUAGACUUGAACAGUUCUUCAGCACAAAGAAGUAAUAGAGGCAAGAGCGAGUACUUUCCUAAUCAAGCAAGACCAAUUUCCAAUAGUCCUCCUGCCCAACAGAGUGUUGAGCGUUAUGUGCCGCCACACAUGCGUGGUGAUGGGAGCAGUCAAAUCUCCCGCGGUAGUAGUCUUGGAAGGGAAUUCAGUGGCCCAGGAGAUGACAGGCGACCUAGAGAUAACUUCAUGGGAUCAUAUGGGCCCAUUCAGCGAGGUGCUUACAUUGGGGGCUUGCCUCCCCAAGGACUUGGCCAACCAAAUUAUGACCGGAGCUUCCCAACAACUGGCAAUCGCUCCUAUAACAGCAGCUAUAGCUCUGGAUCUAGAGGAAGCGGUAAUUAUAACAGCUAUGACAGUAGGCGUGGUAGCUCAACUACUUACCAGCGUUACAAUGGCCGUGGUGGCAGUAAUAGCAACACAAGUGAUGGCCGCUGGAACAGUAGGCCAGAGAGGCAGAGCAGUUUGCCACCUCAACAGAGGCCUUUUCCCAGUCGGUGGGACAACCUAGAUGAUGACAGAACAGGUAGCAGUGGAUGGAGCGGUAACAACCGCUGGGAUAAUCGCCCAGAUGCAAAUAAUCGGUGGCGAAAUGAAGAUUAUAACAAGAAAGAGGAUUGGUCAGUACCUCUGCAAAGAAAUGAACGAAUUGAACAAGAAUUGUUUGGUAGCUGUAAUACAGGAAUUAACUUUGACAAGUAUGAAGACAUUCCUGUGGAAGCAACUGGUGAGGAUCUACCCAAAUGCUGCGAUUCUUUUAAUGAUGCAAAACUUGGAGAGAUUUUAAGGAACAAUUUGAUACUAUGCAACUAUACAAAACCAACUCCUGUUCAGAAAUGGGCUAUUCCUAUUGUGAUGAAUAAUCGAGAUUUGAUGGCUUGUGCUCAGACAGGAUCUGGAAAGACAGCUGCUUUCUUGGUUCCCAUUCUGAAUGCUCUUUAUGAAAAUGGUCCAUUUGAUACACCUCUUCCUCCAGGCCGAGCCUAUGGCAGGCGUAAGCAAUAUCCAUUAGCUUUAGUCUUGGCACCUACCCGUGAAUUAGCAUCACAAAUUUAUGAUGAAGCUAGAAAGUUCUCUUAUCGUUCACAUGUACGUCCAUGUGUUGUGUAUGGGGGUGCUGACAUCAGUGCUCAAAUAAGAGAUCUUGACAGAGGCUGUCAUUUAUUGGUAGCCACUCCUGGCCGUUUAGUAGACAUGAUGGAAAGGGGUCGUGUUGGUUUAGACUACUGCAAAUUCUUAGUAUUGGAUGAAGCAGACCGUAUGUUGGACAUGGGUUUUGAACCCCAAAUUAGAAGAAUUGUCCAAAAGGAUACUAUGCCACUAGCUGGCAAACGUGAAACUCUCAUGUUUAGUGCAACAUUUCCUAGGGAAAUUCAGAUACUGGCUAAAGAUUUUCUCCACAACUAUAUUUUCCUUGCUGUUGGCCGUGUUGGCAGCACAAGUGAAAACAUCACCCAGAAAGUUGUUUGGGUAGAGGAAUGUGAGAAAAGAUCUUAUCUCUUGGAUCUUAUUAAUGCAACUGCUGAUGAUUUCUAUUCUGCAGGUCCAGACUCCUUAACUCUUGUGUUUGUAGAGACAAAGAAAGGGGCUGAUGCUUUAGAAGAGUUCCUAGUUGUGGAGGGUUUCCCUGCUACCAGCAUCCAUGGUGAUAGAUCUCAGAGGGAACGUGAAGAUGCCCUAAGAGCUUUUCGCAAUGGAGAAAAACCUAUUCUGGUGGCGACUGCUGUUGCGGCUCGAGGUCUUGAUAUUCCCAAUGUACGUCAUGUGAUAAACUUUGAUUUGCCGAGUGAUAUUGAAGAAUAUGUACACCGCAUUGGACGUACAGGUCGUGUGGGCAAUUUAGGUCUUGCCACCAGCUUUUUUAAUGAGAAAAAUAAGAAUGUUAUAAGGGAUCUUUUGGAUCUUCUUGUGGAAGCAAAACAAGAGGUGCCAUCUUGGUUGGAAUCCAUGGCUUAUGAUUCAAGACCACAAGGUGGUGUUAGACGUGGAGCUAGGCGAUAUACUGCAGCUUUUGGUGGACGUGAUUAUCGUACACCCAGUAACAAUAACAAAACUACCAAGCCAGCAAGCACUGUCAACAAUUACAACAGCCCAGCAUUCAACCCCUACAAUUUUACUGCUGCUGCUGCAGUAGUUGACACACUUAACAGCCACUAUUGUAAGCGUGCUGACAUCCUGAGGGCCCAACGGAUGUUGCUUCCCCCACUUGCAGCAAUCCGUCCACCUAUUGGCAUGUUGGCACGCAUGGCUGGAGCCUCCAUCACCACCACUACUACUACUACUACUACUACUGCUGCUGUUGUGUUGCAUGGAACUGGUGUGAACUAA